AUGUUGGCCUCUGAUUCGACGGGAGGCCGCCGCUCAACGCGGCACGCAGCUCUUUCCAAGGAGGGAAUAGAACAAUUGAAAGGAAAACAGAAUCAGCCGCGUCGGGAAGAUAGCCGAUUUGGCAGCGUAUGCGUCUCUCACGCCAAAAUGAUGGAGGAAUUGGCUGACACUGGGCUGUCGUUCCCGCCUUUGGUUGAUGUAUCGGAAUCCCCGCUGACUCAGCGGCAUCUUGCCCUUCGCGACUCCACCGUCAUCUCCAACGCUAACGCCCGUGCCCGGCGCUUCGACACACGCCGCGCCGACCACGUCGGGGAUUUGACACCAUCCACACCGGUCCAAGCUUGCACCGUGGCACCCCCAUUACACCAGAUUAUGAGGCUCUCGGAGACUAUUCUAGGGAUGGACCCAGUCUGCCGGCUCUGGGCCCAGCUCUGGCCCAUGGCAUCCCGCACACCUCGGACAGGGUCCAACGCCGAAGGAGCCACAUGCCACGACGUUAGUGGGACGAAAAUCACAUUAUUCAGCGGGCCAAGCAUCCAGAGACCGUGUUACCACGCAGACUGCGCGCACUUUCGGACUAUAGCAUGGGACGCCUUGUUGCCAAUGACCAAUGGCCACUAUGACCUGUCUGUCUACCACCAUCUCUCCGCAGGGCCCGAUGGCGGUCCCCUUGAAGCCGAAACCGACUUGGCUUUCCAAUCGACAACAAAUAAGUGGCCCGGCACCCUGGAUAUACAUACUCACUAUAAGCUUCUAGAUACCAUCAAAGCUCUUCGUCAACACGUGGCAGGCAUCAUGGAGUCCGAUGGCACGCUGGGAGGCGGCUCAAACUACGAGCAGUCUCUCGAACUUAGCAACAUCCCCGACGAUACCACAUGGGCCCUCAAACACAAGGUCGAAGCAGUUCGACAAAGGGAUGAACGCUCAGGAUUCCCCGCCCGCGAGCUGGGCGUGACAUGGAAGAACCUCACGGUCCAGGCCGUCAGCGCCGAUGCGUCGCUUCACGAGAACGUCAUUUCCCAGUUCAACAUUCCCAAACUCGUCAAGGAGUCUCGCCACAAGCCUCCUCUGAAGACCAUUUUGGAUAACACACACGGCUGUGUCAAGCCCGGCGAGAUGCUCCUGGUCCUCGGCCGCCCAGGAUCAGGAUGCACGACGUUGCUCAACAUGUUGGCGAACCACCGCCGAGGAUACACUUCAGUCACUGGCGAUGUCCACUACGGCUCCAUGCCCGCAGAGGAAGCACAGCAAUAUAGGGGACAAAUCGUCAUGAACACUGAGGAGGAACUCUUCUUCCCAACCCUGACCGUGGGCCAGACCAUGGACUUUGCAACUCGCCUCAAGAUCCCUUUCAACCUUCCCGAAGGGGUUGCCUCCAACGAGGAGCUGCGUCAGGAGAACCGAGAUUUCCUGCUGGAGUCUAUGGGAAUCCAGCACACAUUCGACACCAAGGUCGGAAACGAAUUCGUGCGAGGUGUGUCCGGAGGAGAGCGGAAGCGUGUGUCCAUCAUUGAGUGUAUGGCGACGAGAGGAUCAGUCUUCUGCUGGGAUAACAGUACCCGUGGCUUGGACGCCAGCACGGCCCUCGAAUAUACCAAGGCGGUCCGUGCCAUGACCGACGUCCUCGGUCUCGCAUCCAUCGUCACCCUUUACCAAGCAGGCAACGGCAUCUACAACCUCUUCGACAAGGUUCUCGUCCUCGAUAACGGCAAGGAGAUGUACUACGGGCCCAUGAAGGAGGCCAGACCCUUCAUGGAGCAGCUUGGUUUCAUCUGCUCCGACGGCGCCAACGUCGCUGAUUUCCUCACCGGUGUCACCGUUCCUACGGAAAGAGCAAUCCAACCAGGAAAGGAAAAGACCUUCCCUCGCACAGCUGAAGCUCUGAGAACCGCGUACGAAAAGUCAGACAUCUAUCCCCGGAUGAUUGCCGAAUACGACUUCCCAACCCUGGAGGAGACCAAGGAGAAGACGAGACUAUUCCAACAAGGCGUCGCAGGCGAGAAGCACAAGCAGCUUCCUACCAACAGCGCUCUCACGACAAGUUUCUAUACCCAGGUCAGGGCCUGCAUCACCAGACAAUAUCAAAUUCUCUGGGGUGACAAAGCGACUUUCAUCAUCACGCAGGUGUCCACCUUGGCUCAAGCUCUCAUCGCCGGUUCCCUCUUCUACCAGGCUCCCAACACAUCUGGCGGUCUCUUCCUCAAGGGCGGUGCCCUCUUCUUCGCUCUCCUCUUCAACAGUCUGCUGUCGAUGUCCGAAGUCACCAACUCCUUCACCGGUCGUCCUGUCUUGAUCAAGCAUAAGUCCUUCGCAUACUACCACCCUGCCGCUUUCUGUAUUGCGCAGAUUGCCGCUGACAUCCCGGUUAUCCUGUUCCAAAUUUCGGUCUUCUCCAUUGUGCUCUAUUUCAUGGUCGGACUGAAGACGUCGGCUGCGGCGUUCUUCACCUUCUGGGUUGUCGUCGUGGCAACCACCAUGUGUAUGACUGCCAUGUUCCGCUCCAUCGGUGCCGGCUUCACGACCUUCGAUGGCGCGUCAAAAGCCUCAGGUUUCAUGGUCACUGCGUUGAUCAUGUAUUGUGGUUACAUGAUUCAGAAGUCCCAGAUGCAUCCGUGGUUCGUCUGGAUCUUCUGGAUCAACCCUCUGGCAUAUGCCUUCGAUUCCCUCAUGUCGACCGAGUUCUACGGACAAUUGAUUCCCUGUGUCGGACCCAACCUGGUUCCGAACGGCCCAGGAUAUACCGACUCUGCUCAUCAGUCGUGUGCCGGUGUUGCCGGCGCCAUUCAGGGUUCAACCACCCUCACCGGCGACCAGUACCUUUCUGCCCUGUCCUACAGCCACAGCCACGUCUGGAGAAACUUCGGCAUCGUCUGGGCCUGGUGGGUUCUCUUCGUCGUCCUCACCAUCGUCUCCACCUCGAGAUGGCGCUCUUCCGUCGAGGGCGGAGCAUCUCUGCUAAUCCCCCGAGAGAACGCCCACAUCACCAAGGCCAUCCGCGACGACGAGGAAGCCCAGUCAUCCGAGGAGACUGCCGCCGAGAACGGCAAGAGCGACAACGAGAAGCAGGACAGCAGCAGCAAUGACGACAACCUCGUCCGUAACACCUCCAUCUUCACCUGGAAGAACCUUACCUACACCGUCAAGACCCCCUCUGGAGACCGCGUUCUUUUGGACAAUGUCCAGGGAUGGGUCAAGCCCGGUAUGCUCGGCGCUUUGAUGGGCUCCUCCGGUGCCGGAAAGACGACGCUUCUCGAUGUCCUCGCCCAGCGCAAGACUGACGGUACCAUCCACGGAUCCAUCAUGGUCGAUGGUCGCGAACUUCCCAUGUCCUUCCAGCGCUCUGCUGGAUACUGCGAGCAGCUCGACGUCCACGAGGCUUACGCCACUGUCCGUGAGGCCUUGGAGUUCUCUGCCCUGCUCAGACAAAGCCGCGACACUCCGCGCGCCGAGAAGCUCGCCUACGUCGACACCAUCAUCAACCUCUUGGAACUUCACGACCUCGCAGAUACCCUCAUCGGAACCACUGGAAACGGCCUGUCCGUCGAACAGCGAAAGCGCGUCACUAUUGGCGUCGAACUCGUCUCGAAGCCCAGCAUUCUCAUCUUCCUCGACGAGCCCACUUCCGGAUUGGACGGCCAGUCCGCCUUCAACACCGUCCGCUUCCUCCGCAAGCUCGCCGAUGUAGGCCAAGCUGUCCUCGUCACCAUCCACCAGCCAUCCGCCCAGCUCUUCUCCCAGUUCGACACUCUUCUUCUGCUCGCAAAGGGCGGCAAGACUGUCUACUUUGGCGACAUUGGCGACAACGCGAAGACCAUCCGCGACUACUUUGGCCGCUAUGGUGCCCCCUGCCCCGAGGAAGCCAACCCAGCCGAGCACAUGAUUGACGUCGUCUCGGGCCACCUCUCCAAGGGCAAGGACUGGAAUGAAGUCUGGCUCGCCUCGCCCGAGCACGAAAAUGUCACAAAGGAACUUGAUCACAUGAUCCAGGACGCCGCUUCCAAACCCCCUGGCACCGUCGACGACGGCCACGAGUUCGCGCUCGCCAUCUGGGACCAGAUCAAGAUCGUCACCCACCGCAUGAACGUCUCCCUGUACCGCAACGUCGACUACAUCAAUAACAAGUUCGCGCUACACAUCUUCUCCGCCCUCUUUAACGGCUUCUCCUUCUGGAUGAUCGGCGACUCGGUUGGCGACAUCCAGAUGCGUCUCUUCACAAUCUUCAACUUCAUCUUCGUCGCCCCCGGUGUGCUCGCCCAGGUCCAGCCCCUCUUUAUCGACCGCCGCGACAUUUUCGAGACCCGCGAGAAGAAGUCCAAGAUGUACUCCUGGAUCGCCUUCGUCACCGGCUCCAUCGUCUCUGAGGUCCCCUACCUCAUCAUCUGCGCCGUCCUCUAUUUCGUCUGCUGGUACUACACCGUCGGCUUCCCCGGCGACUCAUCCCGCGCCGGCUCCACCUUCUUCGUCAUGCUCAUGUACGAGUUCGUCUACACGGGUAUCGGCCAAUUCAUCGCCGCCUACGCCCCCAACGCCGUCUUCGCCUCCCUCGUCAACCCGCUCAUCAUCGGUAUCCUCGUCUCCUUCUGCGGUGUCCUCGUGCCCUACUCCCAGCUCCAGACCUUCUGGAAGUACUGGAUGUACUGGCUCAACCCGUUCAACUACCUCAUGGGCAGCAUGCUCGUCUUCGACAUUUGGGGCACAAAGGUGGAAUGCAAGAGCAAGGAGUUUGCUCUCUUUGACCCGGUUAACGGCACGACGUGCGCCGAGUACCUGGCAGACUACAUGCAGGGCAUGGGCUCCAGCAGCAACCUCAUCAACCCGGAAGCCACGUCCGGCUGCAGAGUGUGCCAGUACCGCGACGGCAGCGAUUACUUGAGGACGAUCAACCUGAUGGAGUACUACUACGGCUGGCGCGAUGCAGCCAUUGUUGUCAUCUUCGCCAUCAGCUCGUAUGCCCUGGUGUACCUCCUCAUGAAGCUCCGAACCAAGACCUCUAAGAAGGCCGAAUCUCGGGAUAAAGCAAUAGGUGGUCCCCCUGUGUAUUUUGUCAAUCGUAUGCAUCUCAGUCAAUGCAUCAAUUUUCUUCUCUCUCAUCUAGGGCCGGAAAUGGGACAAAUCAUUGUCAAUCAUGUCAAGUCAUUGUCUAAAUCAUCCGAGCCUCAAAUAGUCCCCAUGUCAUCAUGCAGUGACCCAUCUACGCGUAGGGGGCUUCGCCGGCCCCACCUUUCCGAAACGGGCGUGGGGACCUUCACCACACCGCCAACGACAUCAAGACACCUCACUCGCACACGGACGUCAAGACCAAAACUCUUGACAGUUCUCAAACCUUGCCUCAUAUUUUCAUCACUCUCCCAAAAUCCUCCGAAUCAGCAAAAAAUGCCUCUUAAAGGAAUCUCUCCCGUCAUCUCCCCCGACCUCCUCAAGGUCCUAGCCGAGAUGGGCCACGGCGACGAAAUCGUCCUCGCCGACGCCCACUUCCCCUCCCACUCGAUCUGCCCGCCUCACAUCCCCGUCCUCAGGGCCGACGGCAUCACCGUCUCACGCCUGCUGGCCGGCAUCUCCCCACUCCUCGAGCUGGACAACUACGGCGUCGUGCCCGUCAUCAUGAUGGAGGUCGUCAAGGGCGACACCUUUGACGCGAGCGUUGAGUCCGACUUUAGGUCCUCGCUCAAGUACGACGGUGAGAUUGAGAAGCUGGAGAGGUUUGCUUUCUACGAGCGGUCCAAGAAGGCGUUUGCCAUUGUGGCGACAGGGGAGACCAGGAAGUACGGCAACAUUAUCCUCAAGAAGGGCGUCACUCCCAUCACUGAAUAG